GGGGAAGCCGUGGUAGCAGCGGCAGCAGCAGCAGCCUUUGCGGGAUGGAAGAGCCACAGAGGGUGCAGGAUGUGUCUGCAGUCCCUGGCCCAGAUCCCCCGAGCCACCCUGACCCAGAAGAGACAAUACGAAGCCUGCAGGCCCAGUUGGCAGCCGCGCUGGCCGAAGUGGAGACUGUCCGAGCUGUGGCCGCCGUGAGCGAAGGCACCAAACAUGAGGCUGUGGCGAGUGUCAGGCGUCAGUGCCAGGAGGAGGUGGCUUCAUUGCAAGCCAUCUUGAAAGACACCAUCACCAGCUAUGAGGCUCGCCUCUCAGCUUUGGAGCGGCAUAGCCGGGAGAACGCCUGGAGUCGGUUACUGCCAAGGUCCAACCCACUGGACUCGUUGGAGAAACAGAUGGAAAAAGCACAAGAGGAUACUCAGCGACUCCGGGCAAUUGUGCUGCCAAUGGAACAGGAAAUUGCUGAGUUGAAGGCCAAGCUGGCGCAUGCUGAGGGACUGGUUCAGGAGCUUCAGGGUGAGCAGCAUUCUUUAUGUAGCUCACCUGAAUCUCUGCUUGUUGACCCUGAGACUGUGCCCUCCGAUACACCUGGAGAUGACCAUGUUACUGUGGGGGAAGGAGGAGUGGCUGAGAAAUUUGCCCGUAGUCUUGAUAGUGUCUCCAUUGCCUCUUUUUCUUCCUUGGCACCAAGUCCUGGGCCUCCUAUCCGGCGCCGACGGCCCCCUAGUCCUGAGACUGCAUCAAUUGCUUCCUCUACUGGAACUCUGGUGCCUGAGACCAUCUAUUUACCACCAGCUGGGUACCAGCUGGUACCUGAGUCAGAGUGGAUGCAACUCCAUGGACAGGUGCGGCAGCAGUGUGAGGCUCUGGAAGAAGCCGCAAGGGAAAAGGCCAGUCUGGAGGAGGCGCUGAGGCGUAGCAAUGACGAGUGUGGCAAGCAGGUUCAGGUUCUCUUGACGCAGGUCCAGACCUCCGAGCACCUUCUCCAGGGACUCCAAGCCACAGUGAGUGAAACCCAGCGCCAGACGCAGGAGCAGUUGGCUGACUUGGCUGCAUCUCACAAGCGCCUGAGCUACGAAGUACAGCGGCUCAAUGCUGAGAACGAAGGGCUGCGUGGUGGGGCGUGUCCCCUGGCUCCUUGUCCCACAGAUGAGGAGAGCAGGCACUUGCCCAGCACUGUUCCGGAGUUGCAGGCCUUGGUGCACAAACUGAGACAAGAAUCCGCUGCGCAGCUCCGGGCUGCAGAGCACCAGGCUGAGCGCCUGCGAAUUGAGAUUGUGUCCCUGCGGGAGCGGCUAGAUGAAGAGGCAGCAUCUCAGUCAGGGCUGCAGGGGGCGCUGGAGAGAGAACAAGAGGAAAGAGAGCUUUUGCAAGCCUCCCUAAAUAGUAUCCAAAGUGAGAUGGAGAGACUGCAGCAGGGGCAGGAAGAACUGAAUAGAAGCCAGGUGCAGCUGGAAGCUCCCCUUCUACAAGAAGCCAGCAGUCUUCCGGAUCGGCCUGAGCCUUAGACUUGAGGACGAGGAACUCAGGCCUCCCCUCUCCAGCAGCAUGGGAACCUCAGGGAAACUAUCACCUGCCAAGCACCAAAAGGGCCAGCUCUGUCCCCAGAGCCUGCCCAGGGCCCCUCUGUGCAUGGGUUAGGUGAACAAGAACUCUAGAGGUAGGAUGGCUGGAAUCUCCCAUCUCCCACUCCCCAAAUAGAUACUGGAGGCUCCAAAGAACAAUAAAGGUGAUUUUUGUAUCUUU